AUGAUUCAACUAGAUUUUAAUAAGGAAGGACCAGGAUCUCUUGGAACUACCACCUUAAAACAAAUGAAGGAACGAUUAAAGAAUAUUACGGGUGUACCGUUGAAUGGACAAAAAUUGUUAUUUUCGGGAGCCGUAUUAAAGGAUGAAACAGCGAUGUUGACAUCUUUUGGAUUAUGUUCACCUUCAAAAUUGAUUUUAAUGGGAUCAAAACCAGAUGAAAAGGAUUUAGCUCAAACUUCAACUGGUUCACCAGAAGAAUACGCACUUAUUCAACGUAUUUCAAAAUUAAUUGAAUCUACCACCACUUCAUUACUUCCACGAAUUGAAACAUUUGAAACUUCCGAUCGAUCUAAACUUCUUGAUUUACAUCAAAUGUUAGUUGAAAAUUUAAUGCAAUCUUUACUUACAUUGGAUGGAGUAGUUUGUCCCCCAGAAUUUAGUGGAGCCAGACAAAAAAGACGUGAGGCUGUUAAAUUUACUCAAGAAUUAAUUGAUCGGAUUUACUGUUACAACGUUCAAUCUCGAUCUAGUCAUACCAGACCACCCUCAACAUCGGUGGUCGAACCUGAAGAGAAUACACAUUUAUUAAUUGGAAUAAGACCUUCUAGAAAACAAGUUAGUGAUUGGACACAUAAUGAAUGGAAAAGGAUAUUAGUGUUGAAUGUUUUGCCAGUUGCUAUUUUUGAUUUAUAUUCAUUAAAUUGGUGGCCUAAAUGGUUGGGUGGAGGAUUUGCUUAUUUUAUAUUUUGGAUCUUUUCUUUAUUCUUGGGAGCUUUAAUUUAUCUUUAUACGGGUUUAGAAAAAUUUAAUUUAACUUGGGUUUUGUUAACUUUUUUUACCAUGAAUAUGCCAUUAUUAGUAGCAUUCAUAUUAAUUAAAUCAGAAAAUAGAAAUACUUAUCGACAUUCAAGGACCAUAUUUCAAAAAACUUUUCUCGAACGACAAUUAGAUGUUAGAAUUCCCGCUUCCUAUCGUAGAUUUUUAUGGUUCUGUUUCACUUUAUUUAUUAUAAUUUCUGCUUUCAUCGCCGGUGAGGCUUACGCUUACGUUUUCAUUUCUACUCCCUCAGCACAUACUGGAAUUGAUGCUUUCGUUUAUGUUUAUUCUUGGUUAGCUACAAUUUAUAUUCUUGACACUGUCACGGAAUAUAUCAUUGAGACUAGAGUUAAAUCUUACCCUCUUCAAUUCUCUUUCAAACUUUAUUUCUUUAUGAUUUAUUUCAUUUUUUAUCGUAACCUUUUCGCUAGACUACGUAACCCCAAACAAUAUAUUUUAAUUCAAGCCGCUAGUUCUUUAUGGGUUUGCAUUUUUUAUCCAAUCUGUAUGACUGGAUGGAUGCAUAAGCAAUUGGUUUAUUUCUUUGGUUUAAGGAAAGAUUAUAAGGAUUAUAAAAAACAAUGUGGGAGAUCUUUUUUCAUUAGGAAUUUGGCUGAAAAUGCCACAAUGUUGGGAUUCAUAUGUUGGAUAUGUAUAAUACAUUAUGGUCCAAAUUGUGAUAUUUACCCUUACUUUAAAUUUAAUGAGGAAGGGAAUGAAUUUAAUUUUGAUUACACCUUAAGAGCAAGUUGUUAUAUUUGGGCAUUUGAAUUGGCCAGUACCAUAAUUACAAGAUUAAUAUAUAAAAAGGUAUUUAAACAUGAUAUAACACGGGAAGCUGUAAAUGAUUUUAAAGAACAUCCUGAAAUGGUGGUGGCUUUGAUAGUUAUAAUUAUACACGUUCUUCAGGAUAUGUUAAUGGCUUUAUUGAAAUUAAACUUUCAAGGUGGUCACAGUGGAAAGAACCGACCAUAA